AUGGCGCUCCGACCUGCCAAGCGCACCAAGACAGAGGCCCUGACCCUCGAGACACUUGGCCCCGACGUGCUCCUGUGCAUCGUCUCGUUCCUGCAGCCCAACGAUGCGCUCAACCUCUCGAGCGCCAGCCCGGCGCUGGACGCGGCCAUGGACAAGUCGGUGUGGCGCUACGUCUUGCUUGAACAGUGCGGCGUCAAGCCAACGCUGCUCAAGCCGCGCACGCAGCUCCGCAAAAUGGUGGUCGGGCUUGUCGAGAAGAAAUCGUGCCACCACUGCGGCCAUUUUGAAAUCCGUGGCCUGUACACGAUCAAGGUCCACAGCGAGCAUUGCGGCACGAAGCUUUGUAUGACAUGCAUGGACAUCCCCGUGUUCAAGGAGAUCGGACACAUGGAGGCCCUUCGCAAGUACAAGCUCAAGCACCACGAAUUGCAUACGCUGGCCGUGCGCCUCGUCGCCUCUGCGUACUAUGAUGACGAAGGCGAGCCGCGCAUGAAGAAGAUGUACAACCUCCAGGACGUUUUGGACCUUGUGGCACGAGUGCGAUAG